GCAGGCAUGCAAAUCAGGUAGUGAUACUCGUUCCUGCGACACUAUAGUCUUGACAGCUGCGGGGUUGCUGGUGGUUUGAAUAGCGGGCCAAAUACAUUAAUGAAAAGUCAUGGCAGACCAGGCACAUAUACAAGAAGCGAUUAAAAUCCAAGGUCAAGUGGUCCGGAAGUUAAAGUCAGAGAAGGCGAGCAAAGAGCAGUGAUAGGGUUGCUUACCACUUUUCUCCUGUUCUUCCUGCUGACCCCGGACGACCUCGGCCUGCCACCCCCCCAUUCAUCACCAUCAUCUACCUCACUGCUGAACCCCCUGGACAUCACUGAUCAACUCACUUCCUGGAUCUACCUCUACUGAUCGUUGUGACCCUGUACGACACCAUUGAACACUGCUGUUCCCAUGAUGCACUCCUGAACUUUUGCCUAUUCAUUUUCUGGACUUAUUUUUUUGCCCGCCAUGUUGUGUGUUCGUGCUUGCUCUGGUCUGAUUCGGACUGCAACACGUGUCCGAACUCUGCAUUCUUUCCCUGGGAUCACUGUGGCUCAGAUUGAUGAAGAGGUUUCCAAACUGCUGCAGCUGAAGGCUCAGAUCGGAGGAGACGAUGGAAAACACCAGUUUGUCCUCAAGACGGCAAAGGGAACGAGGGACUAUAACCCCAAGCAGAUGGCCAUCAGGGAAAAAGUGUUCAACACCAUCAUCAGCUGCUUCAAACGCCACGGAGCAGAGACCAUCGACACACCUGUUUUCGAACUGAAGGAAACGUUGACAGGAAAGUAUGGAGAAGACUCAAAGCUCAUCUACGACCUGAAGGACCAAGGAGGGGAGCUGCUGUCCCUCAGAUAUGACCUCACUGUGCCCUUCGCUCGCUACCUGGCCAUGAACAAGAUAACGAAUAUCAAGCGUUACCACAUCGCUAAAGUGUAUCGCCGUGACAACCCAGCCAUGACCCGGGGGCGCUACCGAGAGUUCUACCAGUGUGAUUUUGACAUCGCAGGGCAGUAUGAUGCCAUGAUUCCAGACGCUGAGUGUCUGAAAAUCGUCCACGACAUCCUCAAUGAGCUUGACCUCGGAGACUUCCGGAUCAAGGUGAAUGACAGACGCAUCCUGGACGGGAUGUUCGCAGUGUGUGGAGUCCCAGACGACAAAUUCCGCACCAUCUGUUCAACGGUGGAUAAACUGGAUAAGAUGGCGUGGGAGGAAGUGAGGAAGGAGAUGGUUAGUGAGAAGGGUCUGUCAGAGGAGGCUGCGGACCAGAUCGGGGAGUACGUCGGUUUACAAGGGGGGAUGGAGUUGGCAGAGCGCCUCCUGCAGGAUCCGAAGAUGUCUCAGAGUAAGCAGGCCUGUGCGGGACUGACGGACAUUAAGCUGCUGUUCAGCUACCUGCAGCUGUUCCAGGUCACGGACAAGGUGGUGUUUGACCUGAGUCUGGCCCGCGGACUGGACUACUACACAGGGAUCAUUUACGAGGGGGUGCUGACUCAGGCAGGCAUGGCUGCUGAAGCCCAGAAUGGUUCCGCUGCAGAGGACAGUGUGAGCGUGGGCAGCGUGGCAGGGGGGGGGCGGUACGACGGGCUGGUGGGGAUGUUUGACCCCAAGGGCAGGAAGGUGCCAUGUGUGGGGGUCAGCAUCGGCAUCGAGAGGAUCUUCUCCAUCCUGGAGCUUAAGGCUGAGGCCUCAGCACAGAAGGUCCGCACCACAGAGGUUCAGGUGAUGGUGGCGUCUGCUCAGAAGAACCUGCUGGAGGAGAGACUCAAACUGCUCACAGAGCUCUGGAACGCUGGCAUCAAGGCAGAGGUAAUGUACAAGAAGAACCCCAAACUGCUGAGUCAGCUGCAACACUGCGAGGACUCUGGGAUCCCCCUAGUGGCCAUCCUGGGAGAGCAGGAGCUGAAGGACGGGGUGGUGAAGCUGCGUGCCGUGGCCACCAGAGAGGAGGCUGAUAUAUCCAGAGCAGAUCUGAUAGCUGAGAUCAGGAGGAGGACCUCUGAGGCAUAGAUGUUAACCCCCCCCACACACACACAGCAGUGAUGCGAACAGGAAGUGCUGACGUGAUGUUCCUAUUUAGGGUAACAACUAAAGUGUCAGCUGUAGAACAGGGAAGGAAACUGCUGAGGAACACAUCAGUGAUGUUACCAUUAUCAUAAAGCUUCUGGAGAGCACUCUGCACUCUAAGACAUUUUCUUUCUCCCUGAACCAUCUCAUGCCGGAGUUAAACUCAGCUUCUAACCAAAGCACUUUUUUUCCAUGGCUGUUAUGUCAAGUGUCUGAAAUAAACUCAAUGCUCAGUACUAGCA